GUAGCGUUUACAAAUUGCGAGGACCCUUCGUCUUUCACGCCUCACAGCACUGUAAUUCGUCUAAUCAAGACGAGAGGAAAGGAACUCUCACAGAGACUAGAAAACUUGCAGCCAUGGCAGAAGAUCUGGUGUUGGACACGGCAAUAAGAGAUUGGGUACUGAUUCCCCUGUCGGUAGUUAUGGUACUAAUCGGCGUCCUCCGCUACUUCGUCUCCAAGCUCAUGCGCUCCUAUCAAGUCCCCGAUGCCAAAAUCGUCAAAGAAGGGCAAGUAAUUGUCAGGGCUCGGAAUUUGCGGUCUGGCGCUAAUUUUAUACCUUCUAAGGCGUUUCGUGCACGAAGGAUUUAUUUCAGCAACGAGGAAAAUGGAUUGUUAUUUGUUCCGAAAGGCCAGGCACAAAAUGCACAAGCACAAAUGUUCUCUGAUCCAAAUAUGGCCAUGGAUAUGAUGAAGAAAAACCUCUCUAUGAUUAUACCUCAGACUCUUACUUUUGCGUGGGUCAAUUUUUUCUUCUCUGGAUUUGUUGCAGCCAAGAUACCCUUUCCGCUGACUCAGAGGUUCAGAUCAAUGUUGCAAAAUGGGAUUGACUUGAGCACUGUUGAUGUUAGUUAUGUCAGUAGUCGUUCAUGGUAUUUCCUUAAUUUGUUUGGAUUAAGGGGUUUAUUUAGUCUCAUUCUCGGUGAAGAAAAUGCUAUGGAUGACACGCAACGCAUGAUGCAAAUGAGUGGGUUUGGCUUCGAUCCAACAAAGAGCUUGAGUGCUGAGAAAGACGGUCUUGACAUAGUUCAGCAUGAAUGGGCCCUACCCAAAUUUGAGCAGCGUGCUGAAGCAGUAUUGAGAAAACUCGUGAGUUGAACAUUGGCAGAUUACAGCAAAUUGGCAGCGAAUGAGUUUACACACCACCAGGUUGAAUUGGAAGUCUGCAGCAAUCUUGAAGUCCAAUGCAGUUUAAGCAAUUACAAGAACUGGUGAAUUCGUAGUUGUAGUAUUGAAAUGACUAUGUUCACCUUCACUAUUGAAUAGAUUUUCCACAUUGAUGGGUUUAACAUCUUACUCUUCUUGAAUGACAUUUAGGCUUUUUUUGUUAGAAAAAAAUAUUGUAUGUUAAAAUAUUUUAUGAGAAAUUUAUGUUUAUGGGUGGCAA